CUUUCUCUUGGGUCUUCUCAUUUGAUCCUUAUACAGCAGUUCUUGGAGGGAAGCCAGGGAAGGGACUAUGGCCCCAUUUGGCAGACAGAAAACUACGGCUCAGAAUGGGGAGGAGAUUUGCCCAGGGACACCCAGCGAGGUGUGGCAAUGGGACUCAGGUCCUACUCCACCAAAUCCAGUGCUUUUGCGGCCAGGCCACUCUGCCUCACCUGGCAAAAGAAAGGGCUGAGCUAAGGGAUUAGUUAGGUCAACUUGACUAAGAAGAAUCCAGAAGCCAAGCCAUGGAUCCACCUUCACGUAAAGAAAAACCCAAAGUUAAGGAACCUGUCAACAGAGUUGAGAAGGCUAAGCAGAAAUCAGCCCAGCAGGAGCUGAAGCAAAGGCAAAGAGCAGAGAUCUAUGCCCUGAACAGAGUCAUGACAGAACUGGAGCAGCAGCAGUUUGAUGAGUUCUGCAAGCAGAUGCAGCCUCCUGGAGAGUGAUUCCCUGCUGUGUUCAAGCUAGAGGGGACCCUGAAGGCUUUGUGAGCCUGUUACAGGUUUUAAGGUGGCCCAUUUGGAGCCUUACAGAACUAGACAAGAAGAAAUUUGUGGAUAAAUCUGAACUUACGUUUGUAACUUGUACUUCACAUGUUCCUCCAAUGUGAACUGGACCCGUGCUUACUGAAGAGACUUGUUUUCUUCUUAUAAAACAGUAGAUUCUUUUUUUAAAACCUUUUUCUAUUGUUUGAGAAAAAUCAGUGUUUCUCGUGAAACUGUGUAUCUUCUCCAGAAAUGCAAAUAAAAUGUUAAUAAAAUGUU